GAUGUAUGUGUGAGUGUGACGGGCGCGGGCUCACUGAGUUGGUCCAUCCUGGAUAUACUUAGAACAGCCCCUUCCAGGAAGGAGCCCAGUUGCCAUUUGACACUCCCUCUAACUUAGCCCUGCAGAAACAGUUGGCUUUUUCAUCCAGGAUUCAGCCCACCAGGAGGGAGAAAGGGGGCUUUGUGUGGCUGCCCUUUAAGUCGGGGCCACCCGGGCUGCGGGCCCUUCCCUGCUUGGGGCUGAGUGGGGAAGGUCUGAGCAGGGAAGGUCUGAGCCGGGAAGGUCUGAGCUGGGAGCUGGCCAUGGCGUUCGGGGCCUGCCUUCUGCUGCUGGCCGGCUGCUGUCUUGGGGCUUUGGGACAGACCCCGAGGCAGAAGAAAAUCCCUCCUGGGGAAGACCUUCACUUCCAGACCAAGGGCAAGGAUGCUUGUUCCAUGAGGGUCAGCGACCAGGGGGAAAUCCGCCUGAGGCUCGAGUGCAGGAACCAGGCCCGGGCCUCCUGGUGCGAGUACAGCGGGAAGCCGGGGCUCUGUGGGGCCUUCGUCAGCAACCCGACGCUCUACUGGAGCCAGGUGGUGCUGGGCCUGAGGAGGCUGAGUGAGCCCUGCCUGGCGGCCCCGGUGCUGAAGCCCCCUCUGUGCCAGGGCGCCGGGCCUGAGGCGCAGCUCAGGCAGGAGGCCUCCAGCCUGAAGGGGACCCCCAGCCUGAAGGGGCCCCCCCUCUCCAGCCAGCAGUCUGAAGAUUCCAGGCCUUCCAAAGUGGGGCCCAGGCCUGAGGGGCCAGCCCAGAAAGACUCCAAGGAAGCCCAGGUGGGCAAAAGGUCCGCUAAGAAGGUGGUGAGAGCCAAGCCCACGGGCCCCGCUGCGGGGAAGCCGACCCCACCAGGGCAGCAGGCCCGCAGAGAGGAGGAGGCCCUGAGGAUAGCCAAGGAGUACUGCUGGGAGCCCCUGCACAAGAUCUGCUCUUACAUCAUCGGCAUCUUCCUGGGCUAGGGACCCAGCCCCCAGAGAUCUCUGACAAGGAUUCUACAUGGUCUUUUGAGCCUCAGCCGUCCUCAGAGUGAAUAAACUACUUGCCUAUUGCCAGUUGAAUGGAUGUUUCAGCUACUGGGUUUUUUUGUUUAUGUGUUUAUUUGGUGUUUUGGUUUUGUUUGUUUUUGUUGUUUGGUGCAUUGGGAAGGAAACACUCCCUUUAUGAAUUUAUAGUUCAAAGUAAUAAACUUUAUGUGAGAUUGCAGGGUUAGCUCAGGGGCUCGAGGCCCAAAUGUAGUUUUACAGCUUAUUUUCAAAUCUUAGAUGCACUGUAGGGAACCUGAAAUAUAUUAACAUUAUUCUUUAGUCUUUAGAUUAGAUUUUCUAACAAAGUCUGUGUUUUGCAAUGCUCUGCAUGUGCUGUGUUGGAUGCUCAAGCGCCUGGAGACGGCCUGCAGUCCUGUACGUCUGCCCCUUGUGUGUCAACAAUAAAUGAAUGGCUUCAGGAGCCCA